GUCACUGUGACUAGCGGCGCGGGCGACCGCAAAAAUCGCGCGGGAAUAAUACCUCCAUGGAUUGUACGAAAUUGUGAUUGGUAUUUAUUUGUGAAUUAGACUUUGUGGUUACAUUUGGAUUUUUUAUGGAAUUUGAUAAACACUGUCUUCGGUUAUGGUGAUGAUGAAGAGAACCCUCAUCAUGCAAAGCAGGAUAGAUUAUAAAAUAAUAAAAAAAAACAUUCCAUUUGUAACUUGGAAAUGACACGCAUAGUUAAAUAGAGCAUAUUUGCACAUCUACAAGAUGGCGCUGUUACUGGUUUUGGUGGUGACUGUUGGUUUGACUUUUGCGUCAAAUUCGGUCGGAGAGAUGGCGCUAGCGAACGUAACUAGAUUGGCCACAGGAGAUUUGUUUUCUCUUAUAGGUUCCGAUUGUGGUCCCACACGGUGCAUGGAGGUUUCCCACGGGACGGCGCUUGCGGCGAUGAGCGGAGAUGGUAACGCAUGCACCUGCAGGUGCCGCCGGGACACCCCCACCUUCCGCGAGGAUCAACGCGUCUGCGUCAAUAAUGUUGACGAGUGCUUGAUGGCCAGUUUUGGCCGUGGUGAAGCAAAACCGCAAAUUCCUUUCGUUUUCUUACCUUUGAAAGGGCAAAUUAUUUAUCCUUCAAAAGAAAUUGUUUUUACGGAUGUGGAAGACGCAAUUUGUGCUGUGACGAGCGCGCAGUACCUGUCCUCCUCCGGCUGGGUCACUCUGCGAGACCUCAUGGACAAUGACGUGCCCUUCGGACUCUACCGCGACGAAGGCAGUACAUUCUUGCAGUGGCGGGGAUCAGCUGCUCUUCACGCGCGGUUGGAAGGGCGGUUAGUAGCAGUGCACGUGCUCUGUUCUGCUUCCUCAACUUCUCGGCUAGCCACUUCUUGUGCGGCAUUUCGAAUCGCAGGCGCAUCUCAGAAUGGUCUGUUAGAUGUGCGGUCUAUACCAUUCCACUCCGGUGAAGUAAUGCCUACCGAAUCGUCCGCACAAAAUCAAGGCCUGAGUGUCCUGGAAUCAUUGGCAAUCGGCGUCUGUGUUCUUAUGCUUAUAUUUAUCUACGCGGCCGGUAUCAUAUUUUACAUACAUUAUAAACAAAGGCAGAAGAGAAAACGGAAAGAUCCAGAACAAAACAUGUCAAUAUCUGGAUCUUCGGAUAUUGGCACCUCACUCGAAUCACGCAUCGAUAUGAACAAUGUGAUGUUGAAAACAAAUCCACUGUUAAAACUCAACGGCCUGGGAAGUGAUUUUUUCAGCAGUGACACUGGAUUUUCCGACGCCAGUGAGCACACCGAAGAUACCAUUGACAAAUCGCCUGGUAAUUCACACAAGUUUCAGAAAAUGAAUUCAAGCGUAAUAUCUGCAUUAGUACAUUCUCGACGCAAGAAACCGUCACGGCCUUCAUUAAGAAAUGUAUCAAGUUCUGAUCGUUUCCAUGAAGGGUUCCACAGACGUGCAGUAUCACCGGAUACGCUGGAGCGAGCUCCGCAUUCGGAUUUGUCUAUUGUAGAUUGCAGCGUCGAAAAUAACGUCGCUAAUAAUAGACAACUCGCUUCGCACGGAGAAACAGUCUUAAGGAAGAAACUUUAUUUUAAUCCAAUAUUUUUUGAAACGGAAUUGUUAAAGAAUCCCCCACCAGCCGCUAUAGAGUUUCUCAUGAAAAUUCGAGAAGUUAUGUCUAUUGCUAAAGAAAAGAUGACAUCAAAGAGGUUUAUCCCGAUAUUAAAAGAUAUUCCAGAAGAAGACCUCUAUCAUACUUUAGAUCUCGGAUGGGAUAUUCCGUGUGCAAGACGCGGUCGUAGGUUUAGUGCAAUAAGUCUUAAACAAGAAAAUAGCAGAAGAGCUGUCCAUUGCGGCGGAUGCCCAGGUUGUGAUAGCAAUGUAAGACCACAAAAGGCAGUCGCAUUAACAAGAUCUAAUUCAUGUAAAUCAUGCGUGAGCGACGAUUAUAAACAAAGAAUUGUCAGGAAAUGGCUAGAUGAAGUUCCGACUCCUUCGUCUACUAAAAAGCCGAUCAAAUCAGUUGCUAAAACGAGUGGAACUUACAUAGCCAUUCAAAGUAAGGCUAAAGAAGAGGUUAGACCUAAAUCUGCUGAACCGAUUAGAAAUGAAGACACAAAACCGAAGAUCAAAGAAAUGGUUCUAUUAGAGCAAUGUAUGAAAAAUCCCAUAAAGGAAAUUGUCGUACCUAAAGAACUUAAACCUAAACCAGAAGUUAAAAUUAUUAGCAAACCUAUUCCAAUUAAAGAAAACAAAUCAAUAGAAGACAAGAAACCUCCCAAGCCCACCAUUAGUGAACCAAAACCAAUAUCACCUACUACAAAAGAGAAGAAGAGUUCGCAGAGUCAUACAUCGAGGCGAAUUAGAAAGAAAUUGCCCCCACCACCACCGCCACCUGUGAAUCAAGCAGAAGUACCAACUUCUGAAGAAGGCGAGCCAGUAUCAGCUGAAGUUAAAGUAAAAAUGGAGGCAGUUCUACAAGAAUUUAAUUACUGUAAACGAGCAGAGCCUAUGGAAUUAGAAGAAGUAAAAAUGGAAACUAUAUCUCCUAUUGCACCAAGAAUUGUCAUUCCGGUUAUUGCUGCAGAUUCUACCUAUUUCAGCGAUGAUAAUACGCUUAGACAGUCGCGUAAAAAAGAUUCAUUCUUCUCCAGUGAAAACGGUAUGGAAUAUGAUAGCUUAGAACGUAGCCUUAUGAGACGGCGCAGAUUUUCUUUAGCGUGUGGUCCAGAAUUGAUCCGGAACGAGUAUUUUAACUCUGAUCAAUCAUUAGCAAAAUGCGAAAGAUUAACUAGUAGUUGGCGUGAUGUAAAGAAAGCUGUUGAAGAAGACAGCGGACUAAUCAAACAGAAAAUCACACCACCAGAACACCGCAGGCAAUCUAUAAGCGAAGUGUUUAUUGAGGCACCUGAACCUUUGUAUGAUAAUAUCUCGAACCCCGGUCCUUUGACUAUUCAAGUUCGGGGAUCGCCUAUAGAGAAUAGACGUAAUAGUAAUGAAGAUUUCGACCCUGACACUCUUGAUAGGAAACCUAAGCAUGAUGUUAAGAAGCGAGUUGAAAAAAUACUUUUGAAAUCUGCUGGUAGUUUCAAAUACAAAUCAACAUCAUCAGAAAGUGAGCCCACUAAGAAAUCUCCAGACUUUGCUAUCACAAGGAAAAUAGGCAAUUUAAGGCAGAUUUAUGAAGCUAAAGCAAAGGCCCAAGAAGAAGAAGCUAAGAUGUACAAAAGGCGUGGCAGCGUGCCGUAUGGAGCACAAGAUAUGCCAGCGUUUAUACGACCCGUCAAGACUCCUGAUUUGAUAAAACAUAUUGAAGGAUUAAAAGAUCCCAAACCACCAGUACCACCAAAGUCCCGCCGUGGACCAGACCUGUCUCCGAAGUUCUCAUCUUCAACGCGAGAAAGUCCUCCUGGAGAACGUCGACGUGGAUCCGAAGAUAGAGAUCGUUUCCCAUUAUAUACAAGAGCGGAAAACUUAAAUGCCAGACGUUCCGGAAGACGUUCCGCAAGAACUAGGUCGCGGCGUACAGAUUUAAGAAAGCUGUACAGAACCGAAGACUCAGGGUAUAUGAGUACAGAUUCCAAUGAGUCCAAGCGCAGAGCAAAUUAUUUGAUGCAACUUAAGCCUAAAUUGGUGAUGCCAGAAAUUGCUCCUAUGCCAACAGUGAGAACUGUUAUCAAAACGUCUGUCGUACAAGCCGAGUCGGAUACAGAUGAGUUAGAAUCCUUGUGUGAUGGACGCAGCGAGUCUGGCGGCGAGAGCGUCGAAACUGACUCUGUAUUUUUCGGAAAUUUCGACGAUUCGAAGGAAUUGCUUGCAGAGUUAGGCAUAAGUACUUUCGAUCCUAAGAAGUUGCAAACUCACGAACAAAUAGACUCUGGGUUUAUGGGUGAAACGAACAUAAUUCUUAGUGGUGAUAGUGACUCAGAGCAUAGAAGUGUCAUAUCAAUAGUAACAGGUCAUGAUGGCAGGGCCUCUUCAGCGUCCAUCGCUAGGUUGGACGACACGCCAUAUAUGCACACCAUAGAAUGUUAGGUUGUAUAAUAAUAUUAAUUAUGGUUAAUGAAGCUACUUGGUCUUAUGAUCUUAGUUUUGCGAAUGCAGAAGCCGAAGCAGAAUUGAAAUUUUGUUAGACUUCCACAAUUAAAUAAUACCAGGUAUAGAGGAACAGUGUUACUUUGUAAAUUGUAAUCCCCGUAUUCAUAGACGUUAUUUAUCUAAGGACGAAGCAAAGCUGUGA